AUGCCCGAGUCGCUAGCUCUGCCCAACGACUUUGAAUGGGGCUUCGCAACGGCCGCCUACCAGAUCGAAGGCGCCGUCAAAGAAGGUGGCCGCGGCCCGUCCAUCUGGGACACGUACUGCCACCUGGAGCCAUCGCGCACCAACGGCGCCAACGGCGAUGUGGCUUGCGAUCACUACCACCGCUACGAUGAGGACUUUGAUCUCUUGACCAAGUACGGCGCAAAGGCCUACCGCUUCUCCUUGUCGUGGUCGCGGAUCAUUCCCCUCGGCGGCAGGCUGGAUCCCGUCAACGAGGAGGGAAUUGAGUUUUACAGCAAACUGAUUGACGCCCUGUUGAGGCGGGGUAUCACGCCUUGGGUGACUUUGUACCACUGGGAUCUGCCUCAGGCGCUUCACGAUCGCUAUGGAGGCUGGCUCAACGUGGAAGAGGUCCAGCUGGACUUUGAGCGGUAUGCGAGGUUGUGCUUUGAACGUUUUGGGGACCGAGUCCAGAACUGGAUCACCAUCAACGAACCCUGGAUUCAGGCCAUCUAUGGAUAUGCCACCGGCAGCAACGCCCCGGGCAGGAGCAGCAUUAACAAGCACUCCACCGAGGGCAACACUGCCACUGAGCCGUGGCUCGCUGGAAAGGCCCAGAUCAUGAGCCAUGCCCGCGCCGUGGCCGUCUACAGCAGGGACUUUCGCCCCUCGCAAAAGGGCCAGAUCGGCAUCUCGCUCAACGGCGACUACUAUGAGCCCUGGGACAGCAAUGAGCCUCGGGACAAGGAGGCUGCUGAGCGACGGAUGGAAUUUCACAUUGGCUGGUUUGCCAAUCCCAUCUUCUUGAAGAAGGACUAUCCAGAGAGCAUGAAGAAGCAGCUGGGCGAGAGGCUUCCAGCCCUCACUCCCGCGGACUUUGCCAUCCUCAAUGCCGGAGAGACCGACUUCUACGGCAUGAAUUACUACACAUCCCAGUUCGCGCGCCACCUAGACGGUCCCGUCCCCGAGACGGACUAUCUCGGCGCCAUCCAUGAGCACCAGGAGAAUAAGGACGGCAGCCCCGUUGGCGAGGAGAGCGGCCUCGCCUGGCUGCGCUCCUGCCCGGACAUGUUCCGGAAGCAUCUCGCCCGGGUGUACGGCCUGUACGGCAAGCCCAUCUACAUCACCGAGAACGGAUGCCCGUGCCCUGGAGAGGAGAACAUGACGUGCGAGGAGGCCGUCAACGACCCCUUCCGCAUCCGCUACUUUGACUCGCACUUGGACUCGAUUUCCAAGGCCAUUACCCAGGACGGCGUCGUCGUCAAGGGGUACUUUGCGUGGGCGUUGCUCGAUAACUUGGAAUGGUCAGAUGGCUACGGACCCAGAUUCGGCGUCACGUUCACAGACUACACCACCCUCAAGCGCACGCCCAAGAAGUCUGCCCUGGUCCUCAAGGACAUGUUUGCGGCCCGGCAGAGGGUUAAAGUGGCGGCAUAA